AAAUAUUAUGAUUCCUGUUUUUAUUUGGAGAAGGGAGAGCGGAUUGAGGCGGGCAUAAGAGGACGGAACAGCCUUUUUAAUCUUUGCCGCUGGUCACCUGGGAAAAAAAGAAGAAGAAGAAGAAGGCAACGUUAAUUUAUCAGUUAUUUUUCUCAACAUCGAAACUGCUCAACCUCUUGGAGCUCCCUCAAUUGAAGAGCUCAGAAGCAAAAGGGAAUUGGGGAAGAAGAAAGCAUAGAAAAUAGACCAUUAAAACAAGAAAAAAGAAAGAGAGAAUAAAUGGCACAACAAGCAGUGCAGAAGAACACAUUGUAUGUUGGAGGACUAGCAGAGGAAGUGAAUGAAGCAAUUCUCCAUGCAGCUUUCAUUCCAUUUGGAGAUAUAAAGGAUGUGAAGACUCCAUUAGAUCAGGCCACCCAGAAGCACCGCUCCUUCGGCUUUGUUACCUUCUUGGAAAAAGAGGAUGCUUCUGCUGCCAUGGACAACAUGGAUGGGGCUGAGCUCUAUGGUCGCGUUCUUACUGUCAACUAUGCCCUCCCUGAGCGUAUCAAGGGUGGUGAACAGGGCUGGGCUGCUCAACCUAUUUGGGCUGAUGCUGACACAUGGUUUGAGCGGCAGCAACAAGAAGAAGAAAUGCAGCGUAUUCAGGCAGAGAACCAAGCUGCUAUGCGUGCUGCAGAGGAGUUGCAUAGAAAGAAAAUGGCUGAGGAACGAGAAGGGGAGAAGGAGGAUGAUACAGAGAUGAAGGAUGAUCCGAUGGCAAUGGCUGAAGCAGAAGUUUUGAAGCAGAAUAACUAGUUAUUUGCUAUUAAAUUGAGCAACCAAUAGUGAAAACACUAAUGUUAUCUUUUAGGAUGACCUCUGUGCACGGCAGGUUUAGAUUGAUAGUGGUGUUUUCAAUGUUUUGUGUUUCAGGGCUCAUAACUUGAAAAUUCUUCAAACUAUUUGUAUUAUUUAAUCUGUGUAAGAUGACUCCAGUAUGGACUUCGAAUUAAAAGGGAAAUUUUGUAAUGUACAAAAACUGAGCUGUAAUUGCUACAAUAGAAUUUUUGGUUUUCCUUUGUUCUAA